AGUGAUCCGAAGGAUCAGCGAGCUGGUUCCCCAGGCUGUCCUUUAGGACUCCCAUACCCGUCUUCUAGAGGUUGACACCAGUCCCAGGGAAGCGGAAGGUAUGAGCCAAGCGUUUGAGAUUUUCCCAUACCCUCUGUACCACGACGUGGCAGUCCGCGGUCGUGUUGACCUCACAAGCUUGCAGGGUGACGCAGAACACGAAAUUCUUCUGGUCACACCCAAGCAUUGCCAAGCCAAUGUCAAUGCACCUACAAAUUCCCAGAUUAGAAAGCGAGUACAGUGGCAUACACGACGCACUCGCCACAUUUCGAUCGACGACGAGAUUUUGGCAGAGGCGUUGCGCCUCGAGGUCUCUUAUCAGGAUAAGGAAGAAGAAGAAGAAGCGGAGCAGCAAGACGAAUCUUCCCCAACCCAGCGAAGGCAAAGACUUUCACUUUCUGCCUUGCAGUCGCAGCCGUUGCUGCUCUCUUCUUCGCCGAGGACCCCUUCGAGCGAUCCGUCGUGGAAUCUAGAUAACGACAGGAGGUCAGAGCCUGAAGAGGACACGAGCGACGAUAGCAAGACAAUCGCACGCAGUCUGCGGCUUCAAGCUCGGACGCUUGCCUAGAAGGUCCUAACUAUUCCAUCAAACUCGUCAACAGUCUCGGAGCCCACUUACAAGAUGAUGAUGCUUGCAGAGGCGGGGCGACAGGAACGAUUUUGCUCACUUGCCAGACUGAGGCGCAAGCUGAGCAUAUCGUUGCCCCGCUUCGACCACAUCUUUCAGCCAACACCUUCUCCAAGGCCUAUUACUGCACCUUCUGGCCCUGCAUGAGGACGAUAACGUCUGUUUGUGCGGGGGCACGCGAACAUUUUCGCUCAACUGUGCAAACGAGGCUCAAGCUCUGCACCUCAGAGACGGUUUGGCAAG